AUGAUGAACAUGUACGCGAGCCAUGGACGUAGGAACCCUUACGGGACGGUGAGGUCCUUGGUGACACGGGCAACACCUGUACCACCAGGAAUGGAGGAUGUAAUGUUUACACCGCCUUAUUUCUACCACAUUCCGCCACCACCUCAACCUCUGAACACUUUUCCUGGAAGAAAAAGGCGUAAGAGGCAGAAGAAAAUAAUGUAA